AGCCUUUGUUGGCUCGGGGGCCGGAGCGGGCGCCCAGGCGUGGGGCGUUGCCCCGCCUGGGGCCUGCAGUGGCUGUUCGCAUUCGCAGCGAUGGUGUACCAGGACCUCUGCGACCUCUGCGAAGAGGCGAUCUUCGAGGCAGAGGCUUUCGGAUUCCCAGCGCCCACCGAGGCGUGGUUUGGCGAGCACGUAGAAAGCGCACCCGAGAGGGACCUGUGCACGCGGGGCGGCAGACACGCUGGCAGGAAACGCUCUCUGCACGCGACGUUCAGCGAAUGGGCGAUAUGCGUGACCAUCGACGAGGACGGCAACGAGCUGGUUUCCCGGGAGCAGCCAGGGGCCCGCCGUGACGCCAUGUGUGGACAUGCUGCGCUUUUUGCCAGGUGGAGCCUUCUGCGAAAAGUUGUCGGCGGCUCGGCAGGAAGGGCGGGAGUUCCUCGUCCGCCGCCAGGCGCAAAGUUUCAGCGAGAGGCGCUCCUCCUCUCCCUUGCCCACAUCCUCCUCACGUCCCCUCGUGCUCCCAAAAUCUGCAUUGCCAUCCCGCGACUGAUUGCACGAUUCUCUGCAGGAUCAGAUGUGCGACAUCGUGAUAUAAUGGCUCGGAAUCAGUCGGGGCACAGCAUGUCGACGACUCUGGCGAGUCACACUUCCCAACCGGUAUGCGUGGCAUCUCGGGUUGAAGACAUGGCCGCCAACAGAGCGCACCUCUUCGCCCUCCCAGGGCCCGCUCUUAUUAUGCAUGCCCUUCCUGAUUUGCCAAGUUGAUUUGGGCGGGCGAGCUUCAGGCGCGAAUAAUAUCAGGAGUGAGGAUACUGAACCUGCCAUGUGCAGACAGAUCGUCGCACACCAAGUAGUGUUUGCGAGGUGUUGCGCAGUCGCCGUUGACGAAGUGUUUUCUGCAGGUCCUGCUCACUUUUCUUUUGCAUCUACCUCAUAUCCCCCUUCCUCCCCUUUACGCGCUGGUUAUGUUUAGCGCUUUCGCUGCGCAGCCUGACGAGCAGGCGCGCGAGACGAGACCAGGAUCAAUGCCGGAAACAUCAGGUUUUACAAUUCGCUCGGGAGCCUGUACCCGUGGCUGGCAUCCUCCGCCUCACGUUGCCCCCGCUCCUCUUGUCCCACGCCGAUCUUGGGCCUCGUUGCCCCGCGAUGCCCGCUUUGAAACGCCACACGCAGCGUGCCCGUGCCAGUGCGCUGCGUGCCGGCUCGGCGUCCCGGCCCGCGCCUCGGCGAGAGCGUGCCGCGCCAGACCUGCGCGCUCGGCCUGCGCGCGGGAGCUCCGCGCCGCGGGAGCUCCGCGCCGCGCGCCGCGCACGCGGGGGGGGCAGCGGGCUCUCGGGACCUCCGAGCGAGCGUGGCCUGGAACACGGUG